CUUACCGACACCGGCAAACCCGGCGAACUAAAAUAAAAUAAUUUUAUUUUCUGUUUUCAUUCUCGUUUAAGGAAUAAAAUCACAUUCAAGAUUGUUAAGAAAUUUAUAUUUAGGUUUUUACAGGAUAGAAGAAUACUUAAGUAUUCAACAUGAAGCCCACAGUUACUAUGGUGAUAUCUGGACUUUUCCUGUCUUACAUAGCAUACUCUAUGUACACUAUAGCCCUGAUAUUCUUUCCAACACAUUGUGUAGAGAAAGGAAAACACCAAAAAUGUAUCCAACCGUAUAUAGCAAAGCAUAAAAAAUUACAGAUGUCAAUUUACACAUCACUGAAGUCGUCAAGGAUUUCUUCAAAUGAUCUCACAUUGAUUUGGCAUUACAGUAAUUUUACAAUACAUGAUGUUGUUGAAAAAGAAUUCAAUGUGAGUAUUCCAUCUAAAACAAGAAGAAAUGGAACUCUUUAUUUGCAUGUGUUUGUGUAUCCACGGAAACAGGACCCAUUUACAAGCCAGUACACAUCAAAUGACCAGUCUGCCAUAACCACAUACAUGGUACCACAGUCAGGUGUCUUCAACUUACUUGGUGAUACUGCCAAAGAGGAUAGUAAACCAAAAACUGCUGGUAGAAAAGCAGUGACUCAUUGGAGGUCAAAGGUCACUGUAACUGUAAUGGAGGAUGAGAUUGCAUUUGAUAGACAAGGAAUUCCUGGGGAGAUCAUGAAAUAUUUAAGGAUUUCACCAGAAGGAGAAUAUCUUCCACUAGUUUAUAUUGAUCAGCUAGGCUUUCGAACCAAAGAUCUAGUGGAAGUAAACAAGAGUGUUGACACAUUACCAUUAGUUAUAACAUACAGCCCUAUAUCUGUGGGUAAACUACGGAUGUGGAGUAAUAUGUUACAGUCCAUACAAAUGCUUCAUGGUUUAGGUUUUACAGAAAAAGAUACAGAUGAAAUUAAAGGCAUUUUCUCUGACACAAAUUUUGUGUUUUUAAUGCUUACUUUUGCUGUGGCUGCAUUUCAUUUACUGUUUGAUUUCCUAGCAUUUAAGAAUGAUAUAAGUUACUGGAAGAAUAGAGACACUAUGGUGGGUUUAUCAACAAGGGCGGUGGUAUGGAGAUGUGUCUCUCAGGCCGUUAUAUUCUUUUACCUUAUGGAUGAAGAAACAAGUUUAUUGGUGUUGAUACCAGCUGGCAUAAGUACAAUCAUUGAGGCGUGGAAAGUAAAAAAAGCUUUCAAGAUUGCAUUGUCAUGGAAGGGAAUUAUACCAAAAUUAAGUUUUGGAUCUAGUAGUGAUAAAGAGCUUGAGACUGCAGAGUUUGACUCCCAGGCAAUGAAGUACCUAUCAUAUAUAUUAUAUCCAUUGUGUCUAGGAGGGGCAGGUUACUCACUGAUGUAUGUUGAACAUAAAAGCUGGUACUCCUGGUGUAUUCAAAGUCUUGUAAAUGGUGUUUAUGCUUUUGGAUUCUUGUUUAUGUUACCACAGCUAUUUGUGAACUAUAAGUUGAAGUCUGUAGCACAUUUGCCAUGGAGAGCUUUUAUGUACAAGGCAUUUAAUACAUUUAUAGAUGACAUUUUUGCAUUUAUUAUCACCAUGCCAACUGCACACAGACUGGCUUGUUUUAGAGACGAUCUUGUUUUCCUUGUUUACCUCUACCAAAGAUGGUUAUAUCCAGUUGACAAGAAGAGAGUGAAUGAAUAUGGCCAGUCAUUUGAUGAUGCAGUGACUGAGAAACCAAAGAAAGAAUAAUCCGUAAUUUAUUAUACACCUGCUUUAAGUUGAUGAUGUAGUACUCCUUUUGUCAUGAUGCUGUUUUUGACAUAAAAUCAUUAAUUGCUGUCAAGCUAGACUUUAAGCAGCACACCAUUCCAGAUUUUUCUUGUUGUUGUUUUUAUUUUUAAUUGUUCUUAUUGUAAAAUAUUUAAUCAGUAACAGAGUUAAUUAUUUACUUAUAAAAAUGAAAUAUUUAUGAAAUAAAAUGCAUAUUUUUAUUUUCUGUCUUUUCACUGUAAAACUAUUUUUUACUUCAGUGAAACAUAUUUUCCAUAUUUUUACUUGUGCUUGCUACUUUCUUCUAAAUUUAGCAAAGACACAAAACUGAAAAGGAAAACUUGACUAUAAAAGAGAAAAAAAUAUAAUGUAAAGAAAAUUCAAGUUUUUACUAUUAUAAAAACACGAUUUGUUUUCAUCUUAUGAUAUGGAAAUUAUCAUAUUUCACUCGUGGCUACUGCAACUUGUGAAGUAUUUAUUUUUUAAACCACUAGAUGAAAUUGAAUCAUGUAUUUAUAGAGAAAAACUUACAAAUCCUCUUUAGAUUUUUGUUGAUAAAACUAGAAAAAUCUGUCAUAGCUUUCAUAGUACAUUCAAAGUAUUACCUUAACUUUACAUAUUUCAUGAAAUAUACAUUAAAUUUCUUAAAGCAGCAUGCCUCCAGAUUUGUAAUAAUUUUCAUGAAAAUUUUAUAAUGUAUUUGAAAAUAUAAUAUUGUGCAGUGAAGAAUGUAAUUAACACAUUGCAAACAGCACUCACAACCCAAUAAAUUGCAAAAAUGAGGUCAAAAUAUGCAAAAUAGCUCUUACUGUGUUAGUCACGCAGUAGAAAUAUGAUGAUGAAUUCUGCAAAAGAUGUCAUUAUUCACACAUAAUAUCAAAAUUAUUACUUGAAUCUUUUUCUAAAAAAAUUUUUUUUACUAAAAUCUACAUUUUUCUCAAGUUGAGUUUCUUGAAAUACUGUGGCUUAUCUGGAGUCAAGCAUCUUUAAUUUGAUUUUGUUUUAUAAAUUUCUUUAUUAGUAUUAUUUUAUGAUAGCUUGGAAGAAAUUUCAUUGUAUAUUAAAUAAUCUUUUUGCUAAUAGACCAUAUGGUAUAAUCUUGUUGGUCUGUGUGAUUCCAAGCUUAGAUUUCAAAUCAACCAAUGAAAUAAUUGCAUUGUGAUAAAGGUUCAUAUAUUGAAAGAAAAAAAGUUUCGCAUAAUGAUGUAAUAAAGAUUCACAUUAUCAGAAAAAAAGAACUUUGUCUAUUCUUCAAAUCUAAAGAAAAUGUUUUAAUAUUUAUAUAUUUAUUGUUAAUUGCCAGUAUAUUUCAUCUUGGGGACCAUAUUAACUGAUAUUAUGUAUAGAAAACUAGAAAUAUGUUGGAUGCCUUCACUUUAUUUGUUAAGGCACCUUUGACCUCUUAGUGUGACCUUGACCUAUGAGCUAGUGGUAUUGGUCGUGUGCAUGACACACCAACUCAUCAUGCUUCACUUGCAUGCCAUAUUGUUGAUGCAUAAAAGACAUAUGGGACUGACAAGAUUUUUGAUCUACUGACCUUUGAGCUCUAAGUGUGACCUUGACCUGGGAGCUAGGCAUCAAGGUCUUGCUCAUGACACACUGUCUUAUCAAUCUUAACAUUAAUACUAAAUUGUUUAAAACCCUUGAUGCAUGACAGAGUUACAGCAGGACAAGACUGCCUCCCUGGUCGAGGGGUUUCAGUCGAUGACUUCUAAUCCAGUUACCUCUCUGGCGUGGGUUCUAUCCACGGGAGAUGCUUUGGUAGUUUAGAGCGGAGGAAGGUAGUCUAGUACUCGUGUAACUCUCCAGGAACAAUGGUUAGGAAACUACCUGCCUAUAUGACUGAAAUACUGUUGGAAAAAGGUGUAAAAUGAAACUAACAAACAAUAACAAACAGCAGGACAAGAUUUUCAAACUUCUGACCUUUGACUUCUUAGGGUGACCUUGACCUUGGAGCUAGUGACUAUGUCUUUCACAUUGCACAGUCUGUCAUAAUGCUUCAAAUUUGUGCUAAAUUAUUUCAAAAUUUCUUGAUGCAUGACAAAGAGUUGAGAGUCAGACAGCAGUUGACUCUGAACAUCUAAGUGUGACCUUGACCUGGGUCUUAAGAUCUAGUUCUUGUACUUGAUGCGCCAUCUCAUUGUGCUUAACAUUUGUACCAAUUUUUUUUAAAAUCCCCUAAUGCUUGACAGAGUUACUGGCUUAACAAGAUUUUCUAAAGGUUGACCUUUGACUUCUAAGUGUGACCUUGACCUUGGAGCUAGGGUUCGACUUCUUUUGCAUGACACACUCACUCAGUAUGCUUUACAUUUAUGCAAGGUUAUUUCAAAAUCCUUUGAUUGCAUGACAGAGUUAUGGGCAAGACAAGCUUUUCAAAUGCACACCUGGACUGAAAGGCCAGGGAUAAAACUAUGGCCUCUUGUCAUUAUCAAGGGAUGAGAUAUCAGAUGACAAAUAUUGAUUUUACAUACAACUACUGAGUAUAACUUAUCUAUAUUUUUACUUUCAUUAGAAUACAUGCUCUUUGCAUACAAUUAUGAUUUGUAUUGUUUAUAAGUAACCACUGCAUGUUGUUAUUUUUUUUCUAAUCAUUUUUUGUCAUCACUGUGAUGGAGUAUGCCCAUUUACAUAACAACAGCACAGUUUUAAACAUCCUUUUGACUGGGCGUGUUCUAUGAUUAUGCUUUUGGUAAAUUUUCAUUAUUUCUAAAUAUUUUCAUUAAUUUGUUGUUGUUGUUUGUUUUAGAUAUUUUAUUAAUUUGUCAUAAUUAUUGAUUUUUUUUUUCAAAUCUUUAUAGGUUAUUAAAUGACUGAAUAAAAUUGUUGAUAAAUCAAUAUCAUUUCUAUUGGUAUAAAUAUUCAACAUGAAUUGAUACUUGCCUGAAGUUGUGAAAUUUUAAUCAGAUUGAAAGUAGUCAUUUUUAUAGUGAAAUAAAAAAAACUAGUCCGUGCUAAUUUUACAUCACAAAAUUUAAUUUAUCAGAUUUGUUGGCCUUUUAAUUUUUAUAUGAGAGCAUGUUACAGCCACUUGUUAUUUUCACAAGGGAAGUAAAUUGUAACAGCCCUAUAUUAUUGCAGAUCUUUGUAUAUAUUGUUUUGUUCUAUAUGUUGAUUUUGUCAAAAUUCUUGCUGAUGGUGUCUGGUUAUUGAUUAUUUCAGGAUGUUUCGAUUUUUAAUGAAUUUGGUUAUUUGUAGUUUUUUUUCUGGAACUUACAUUAUAUUUAAGUCCCAGUUUGUUUGUUUUUUGUUGUUGUUGUUCUUUUUUGUCCGUUUUUUGUUGUUGUUUGUUUUUUAUAUAGUCAAUGUCAAAUCCAUUUAAGAAUUUUUAGCAUGAUAAGGGUUAAAUCAAAAUGAUGAUGGUUUUCAUUUCCAUAUUUUCACUACAGUCAAUACAUUUCUUUUUUAAGGGCAUUUGUAUUUUCAACCUACCUGACUUAAUAUGAGAUUAGUUUAUUAUCUCCUAUCAAGUAGUAUAGAAGAAAUUGAAAUGUUUUACAUGUGCUGUGAAAAUUUGACAAUAUACUUGUAUAUUUCUUGUUUCCUGUAAAAUCUGUGUCUACAUUUGCUAUAUUUUUAUUGCAAUUAAUCAUUUAUAUAUUAUGUGACUUUCCACAGUAAAUCUUUGGAAUUGUUAUAUAUUUUUCAAAGUUAUUUGUAUAUAUAUUUAAUAACAGAUAUUAAUAUAUAAUGUAUAUUAAAAUUAUUUAAGAUCAUUUUCUAAUUAUAGAUGCAUACAAAUUUUUUCCUAUUUUGUUUGGAUUUUAAGUAAGGCAUAGUGUUUUCGUAUUAUAUUUACAAUUCUUGUUUUUAUUUCACCUGUAAUGGGUCUGUGAAAUCCCCUUCAAUUGUAUUAUUCACUAGAUAGUUAAUAAAGAAAUAUGGGGCUAUCCUUCUAACCCCAGCAUUGUUGAAUACAGCUGUAUACCAAAACUGCCAUUUUGUUACUUCAUAUACAUGUUCAUAUAUAUAUGUAAUUGUUUUACGGUGAAUGUAAUUCUUUAUUUACCUUUCUUGAAUUUUAAUAGUAUAUUGACAUACAUGUAUAUAUUGAGCUGUUUUAAUGGAUAUAUAUUUGUUUUUAUGUUGUUAAAAAAUCAUGUUAAAGUCAACUAACAGAAUGAAAUGUAGGUUACCCAUGAAGCAGGUUGCACAUUUGUGAAAUCUUUGUAAAAACUUUUAUAUAACCUAGGCACAUUUUGUUAGUUUGACUAUUCAAAGAACAGGGAAAGCUCUUGUAGUCAGCAAGGGCUGUGAACAUUGAUUUUGACAGAAUAAUGACCCUUUUUGAACUUAAAAAAAAAAUUCUACAUUAUCCAGGCUCUAGUUUUCAUUUCAAGCCUUGAGAAUAGUGGAGCACAGCUUUUGUUCAAAUUCUUUUCAGAUCAUAUUAUUUAAAGUUAUUGUACAAUUUUUAUAAUUAUCUUAAUCGUACUGAAGAUAAAUUUGAAAGUAUAUUACACUAAUUGAUGCUUAACACUUCAACUUCCCUUUCUUUCUUUAUUGAAUAGAACAUGCAUGUAUUAAGUGAGAAAAAAACAUUGGGAGUUUGGGAGGAAAAGUAUAUGAUAAUGAACAAACUCUCCUUAAUAACCUUUUGAAUAAAAGGGACUCCACUUAAGUUUUUUUGGCAUGACAAGACUAGAAAUAUUUUUGUUUACCAUUUGAUGUAGGUUAGGACUAAUCACUUGUGUGCAAGUUUUCAGAUCAUUGUCUAGAAUCAUCAUUUAUAUAGUGAAGAAUGACCCAAAAAUGAAAAACUUUUUUCACUGAAAUUGUGCUAAGAAUCACACAAAAAAUUUGAUUUUCCAUUUAAUUUUGAGCAUAUUUCUUCAUUAUCCUUGUAGAGUUUUCCAUUUUAAGAGAUUCACUUGACCUAGGCAAAAUCUUACGUUUUAAGACUUUUCAACAUCCUUUAAUAUAUUCGAAAUGACUUGGAGCAUAGCCUGCAUUUUCAUUGGCUAUAGUAACUUAUUGCUUUAAUAACACAUAAUUAUGUAACUUGUUA